AUGACUCUUCUCAAGGAGAAAGUCUUGAAGGGCAUAGUAUUAAGGCGGACAAAAAUUGGCCGAGCUGCAGAUCUUGCUCUUCCACCGAAGACUGUGACAUUGAGGCAGGACUCUUUUGAUAGAAAUGAAAUGGGGUUUUAUGAAGCAUUAUAUACUCGAAGCUGCACGCAGUUUGAUUCGUAUGUUGUUGCUGGAACGUUGCUGAACAACUAUGCCCAUAUCUUUGACCUCCUCACAAGGUUGAGACAGGCUGUUGAUCAUCCAUACCUUGUUGCAUUUUCCAAGACAGCAGAAUCUCGGGAAGGAUGCAAAAAUCAACAAAAUGGUGCCAUGGAAAGCCAGUGUGGAAUAUGUCAUGAAUUGGCAGAAGAUGUGGUGGUUACGUCUUGCGAUCAUGUAUUCUGCAAGAGUUGUUUGAUGGAGUGCUCUGCAACUUUGGGGAAUGUUUCAUGUCCAUCUUGUUCGAAGCCUCUUACUGUUGACUUAACAACGGAAAAUUCGAGACGAAAGGUCCCUGCAAAUUUGAAGGGUGGCAAACGCUCAGGAAUACUGGGCAGACUACAAAGCCUAGCAGAUUUCAAGACAAGUACAAAAAUUGAUGCAUUGAGAGAAGAGAUAAGGAACAUGAUUGAGCAUGAUGGUUCUGCAAAAGGGAUUGUUUUCAGCCAGUUCACAUCGUUCUUGGAUUUGAUUGAAUUCUCCCUGCAGAGGUCUGGCAUCAAGUGUGUGCAACUUAAUGGGAAAAUGAACAUGGCGGAAAAGGGGAGAGCUAUAGAUACCUUCAUAAAUGACCCAGAUUGCAGGAUUUUCCUGAUGAGCCUGAAAGCUGGAGUGGCUCUUAAUCUUACUGUAGCAUCUCAAGUUUUCUUGAUGGAUCCUUGGUGGAAUCCAGCAGUGGAGAGUCAAGCGCAGGAUCGAAUCCACCGAAUCGGACAAUUCAAGCUAAUUAGAAGCACGAGGUUUGUGAUCAAGGACACAGUUGAAGAGCGCAUCCUGCAACUGCAAGAGAAGAAGCAGCUUGUGUUCGAUGGCACCGUGGGUGACUCGCCAGAGGCCAUGUCAAAGCUUACAGAGGCUGACCUCAAGUUCCUGUUCCAGAACUAG